ACAUUUGAAGGCAGCGAAAAUUCAAAACAAUUAAUUAUAACCUUACUUUUGUCAUUUAAAAACAAAAUGCAUCAUUACUGGUACAAUUGUGUUGAAUUUUUUAAGUUAUGAAACAAAUACUCUAUUUUUAUUUUGUAUUUAAAACAUAUAAAUCAAUAUAGACGUUUAUAUAAAAUAUUGAAUAAAUAUUAAAAUGUUACAAAAAUUGUCUAGGUAUAUAAUAUGCAAUAAAAGUGUGAUAAAUCAAUUUUUUAGUAUAAAGAAAAGGAAUAUAUUUCAAACAAAAACAAAUUUUCAAAAUAAUUUUAAUAGAAGUGAUGGAGAUGCACGAAAAAGAAACAUUAAAUCAACUUUGUAUUAUGUUUCUGCUGCCGGUGUUUUAGUUGCUGGUUUUAGCUAUGCGGCAGUGCCCCUUUAUAGAAUGUUUUGCCAGGCAUAUAGUUAUGGUGGAACGACUUCCAAAGGUCAUGAUGUAGCAAAAGUUGAACAUAUGAAAAAGAUAGAAAAUCGACAAUUAAAAAUAAAAUUUAACGCUGAUCUGGGCGCAUCAAUGAGAUGGAACUUCAAGCCACAGCAAUAUGAAAUUAAAGUAGUGCCAGGUGAAACAGCUUUAGCUUUUUAUACUGCAAGAAACCCAACAGAUAAACCUGUAACUGGAAUUAGCACUUACAAUGUAAUUCCAUUUGAAGCUGGACAAUAUUUCAAUAAAAUUCAAUGUUUUUGUUUUGAAGAACAACAAUUGAAUCCCAACGAAGAGGUUGAUAUGCCAGUAUUCUUCUAUAUUGAUCCGGAGUUUGUUGAUGAUCCUAAGAUGGAAUUAGUUGACACUAUAACAUUAUCUUACACAUUUUUUGAAACUAAAGACGGAUUUAAUAUACCAAUGCCGGAAUAUGCUAAGCCACAUUAAUUGUCAAUUUCAUUUAUUUUAUUUGGAAAUUAAAGUAGGUAGGAAUAUCUGCCUACCUAUCUACCAAUUGUUUAUAAAAAUUUAAAAAGUUAUAUGUGUUCUUGUAAGUUUCAUAUGUAAUUUAUGGCUUUGUAAUUUUUGACUUCAAAAUUUAUGGUUUGACUUUCAUUUAAAUUUCAAACUUCAUACAAUUUUUUGCUCAAGAUUUGAAUUACAUAAAAAUGAACAUAGUAUACAUAAAUACAUAGUAUACUUUAUGGAAU